GGUAGAUUUCCCUACAUGGUCAAAAGGAUUUCGCAAUACUUCGAGUAGCUCUAGGUACAUGAUCUAAACAAACAAAACAGACUCCAUCAACUAACUUAUAUGGUCAACGGACAUUUACUCCUAACUUUUUAUACUUUGAUGGGCAAUUGACGACACCUAAAAAGCAGACAAGACUCCAGUAAACUCCCCAGUGUACAGGAGUGCAUCCAGACACCGCCGAGCCCAUUCAUCCAGAGUGGCACCCAACCAGCACGCCAGUCAUAGCAGACGGACAGUGAGACUAGUGGUCAGCAGAUCCGAACCAAAUGAGCGAGCGGUCGCAGCAGAAGAUAAACACGGAGCAAAACGGAGGGACUGUUAGUGUGAUCCAGAGCCAGGCUAGUGGACCACCACCAACAUCAGGACCACCAGGAGGAAGCUUACAGCAGGUACCCCAGCUAGUCCCUGUGACCCCAGCCGGAAGAGGAGGAGGCAAGGCCACCCCACCCAGUAAGAUGAAGAAGACAUCAGGGGACAAGGACAGUGACGAGUACCGUCAGAGGAGAGAGCGGAAUAAUCUGGCAGUGAAGAAGAGCAGAAUGAGAUCUAAACAGAAGGCCCAGGACACGCAGCAACGCGUCAACGAGCUGAAAGAGGAAAACGAGAGGCUGGAAGCUAAGAUCAAGCUGCUCAGCAAGGAGCUGUCUGUCCUCAAGGACCUCUUCCUGGAGCACGCUCACAACCUGGCCGACAACGUCCAAGCACCCGGUGUAGAGGGGGCCAGCCCCGCCCACAACAACAACAACAACAACAACAACAAUGGGGCGUGUAACAACAACAACAGCCAGUGAGAAGAGGGCAGGGACAUGAAAUAGGAUACCUCAUUGGUUGUGUGCUUCCCAAAUGGCACCCUAUUCCCCAUAGGGCCCUGGUCUAAAGUAGUGCACUAUAUAGGGUGCCAUAGGGCUCUGGUCUAAAGUAGUGCACUAUAUAGGGAAUAGGGUGCCAUUUUGAGUCAACAGGGUGAUGAUAGAUAGAUAGCUCGCCACUGCUUCUUAAUAAUCGUACUGGAGUUUCUUCCUCUCUCCUCCCAGAGAUGAUAUAUACUGUCAGAGAGAUUUCACUCUUGUCUUCUUUGUGUGUUCAGAUUGGUUCACAUGAUGAGAAUUAUAAUUAUUUUUUUGGGAGUUUCAGGUCAGGAAUUGUCCACUUUUUUUAAUUUAUUUUUAAUUUUUUUGACUAUUUGGAUACAUUUCUAAAAGAGACCUGUUGUGUUGAGUCACAAGAUAAACUAUUCACUAGAUGUGGAGGGGGGGAAAAGUAUAGCUUUUUUCCCUUUUGGUUUCUUGUUCCUUUUAAAGAAUCUUUGGUGAACUAGCUAACGUUCGUCUGGCAUUUAGUAUUGUCAGUACAUUCACUACGUUUCGACUUAAUCAGAAUGAUGUAUGCUUGUUUUUAUUUUGGAUGUCUGGCGGCGUCAGAUAUGCACACGUUGUACAUUUUUUUUUCUUUUAUUAUUUGUUUAAAUAUAUAUAUGUAUAUUUCUUUGUCCUAAUCGAAUGGCUUUACUUCUGCUUUGAGCUCUUUUGGGUAGAAGGGGAAUGUAAAUAUCAAGAGUUAAAUACAAAGAGUUAGGAUUGGGUCCAAAGCCUAUCCUAACUUAAGAUCAGAAACAAUUAACACAGAUUUUUUUUGUUUUUGUUUUGCGCAAGACGUGUAGUUGUCGACGUCAAAUGGGAGCUUUGCACAAUCUCGAGUUAGGUUUCAGGCCUGUGUUGAGAUAGUCAGUCCGCUGUAUUUUUUUACCCAUAGUUCCACAGGCCUCAGACCAGCCCUUUUCAGUCAGAGACCCAGAUAGACAAGAGGCGGCGUCUCAAAUAGCACGCUGUUCCCUAAACGGUGCACUAGUUUUGACCCCCUAUGUGGCGCUGGUCCAAAAAAAAAAAAAAGGUAAAAAGUAAAGUUCACAAAAUACGGAAUAGGGUGCUAUUUUGGAUGCAUAUGGGACAGAGGUGUUUUCACGUUUUAAGGAGUGGCCCCCAGCCCAGACUAUCACGCACCCUCCGUGGGAUUAAACUCCCAGACGUUUCGCAUGGCGUCACAGGCCACCGCUAAAUCAAAGUUAAGCCUUUCUCCAUAAACCCUAAAACCUGGCGAGAGAGAAAGAUGGAGAAUGGCUCAUUGUCUUGUUGUUGUUGUCUGUCUGUCUGUCUGGGCGUUGUGGAGAUGCUAAAUUAACUCCUAAUUAGCCCGGCUAGCUAGAACAGAGCGAGGCAGGUUGGCUUCCGUCUCCAGCGGUGUCAGGCUCAGUCACCGGGAUAUCACAAUGUAUACAAAGGCAGACACUGAUUUCUGUUUUUGUUGUGUAUGUUUCUGUUGUCAAACUGAGUAAUUAUCCAGCAUCGUGAGCAAUUGUUUUACCAUAGGAUUGUCAACGGCAUAUUCUGAUGUGACGAUAACGACCUGUAUUUGGCCAGAGGAGAUCAACGUUGUCUGUUGAGUAUCUGUGAUUUUUUUUUUUUUUUUAUAGGAUGCGUCCCCAACGGCACCCUAUUCCUUAUAUAGUGCACUACUUUUUUUUUUGAGUAGAGCCUUGUCAACACUAUAUAACAUCUAGGGUGUCUUUUGGAGCGCUGCUGUAGACUUCUGUACCUCAGGCUACCAGUAUUAGCCUCACCAAACAGGGCCUUUUUUUUUUUCCUUUUCUCAACAAGACCUCUGAAGCAUCUUUUAAAUUUUUUUUCUUUUUUGUAUUCUUCGUUUUUCUACAACUUGGAUUUUAAAAAUCAGCAUGAUGGAGGCGGUUUGCAUGAGGGUGGGUGGGAGCACUGUUCAAAUAUGUUAUUGUUCUGCACUACAAAAAAAAGAAACGAUAGCAAAUACGGGCAUAUUGAAACCGUUCUCUUCAUGUUGUGCAGUGUUGUUGUUGAGCAGAAGGUUACACUAAAUUGAAAAAUAAUGUCUGAAUUCAAUAGAAAAAUAUUUUCUAAAAAAAAACAAAAGAAAAAAAUGUGAGAAAUUUGAUAAAUAUUUCCAUGAAUAUUUGUUUUGGUAUGAAUGUUGCUGGGCAGCAUUUUCUCUUAGCUAGACUUGCUCUUUUUUAUAAGAUUAUAUUGGGGUAACGUGCAUUGUAAAUUAAAAUUGAGUACAAACUUUCAA